AUGUUUUCUUUUCUUCAAUUAGCUAGUGCUAUUCAACAAUCGAAUAAAAUCGAACAGUUAAACUAUAGAAUGUUUAAAAAGAUGGUACUUAACAGAACUAGUGAUCAAACAUGGGUUGUUUUCUUUUAUGAUGAAUCAAAUAAACAAUCAAAUAUAGAUUAUCAAGAAUUUAUUAAAGUUGCACAUUCUUCAUUAGAUGCAAUUCAUUUUGGUUCUGUUGAUGUAAAGAAAAAUGUCCAAUUAUGUGAAGAUCUUGGAGUAUAUCCAGAAUCAAUUCCGAAAAUUAUGAUUUAUCAUCAUAAUGGACAAACUGAAUACAUUGGAAGUAAGAAAUCAGAAAAGAUGUCCAUGAAAUUACUCAAUUAUAUUCCAAUAUUAACGAAAUCUGUUUCUAUGAAUUGGAAAACGCCACGUGGAACAAACAAAUAUGCAAUCCUAUUUGGAGAAAACGAAACCGUACCUUCAUUUUGGAAUGCUCUCGCAGGAAUGUUCAUUAAAUCUUCAAUCAAAAUCGGAUACACAUGCAAUGAAACAAUUUUCGAUCAUUUUGAUGUGAUGACUGUUCCUUCGAUAGUUUUUGUCAAUUCUACAGAUAUUUAUCAAUAUCAUGGAAAAGCAAACCUCAAAUCACUUAAACAAGCAAUCAGCGAUUUCAAUGCAAGACAAUAUUCCCCAGUGAAAGUUGAAACUCCAGAAAAUGAGUUUUAUUUCUCAGAUGAAUUUGAGAAAUAUUGUUUAGGUCAAAGAGCUUACUGUGUCGUCCAUGCCACAGAGUUUCUCGAUCAAAGACUUGAAAAAAUACGUGCAAAAACUGAGAGUUCUCGCUUUAAUUGGUUUUAUGGAUUUGAUGACUGGCCUUAUGAGUUCAUCAAACCAAAAUCACUUUGGUUAUUUAAUCCUAGAUCUAAAAGUGCUCUGAAACUUUCAUCACUUGACGAACUUGAGCAAAUUCUCACAAAAAUAUUAAAUAAGGAACUUCCUGAGUUCAAACCAAUAUCAGAAUUUGAAAAGUCUAAUAGCGAGUUGUAA